AUGAUAUCAGGUGGAAGUCCAGGAGAUGGAAGUCCAGGAGAUGGAAAUCAAAACGAUGGAAGUCCAGAAGUCGGAAGCCCAGGAGGUAAAAGCCCAGGAGGUGAAAGCCCAGGAGGUGGAAGCCCUGGUGCUGCUCGUUGUGAGCAUGGCAUAGGAGCAUUCAGAAAUGGAGAGACUUGGAUGGAUGGCUCUUCUGGUUGUAAACAAUGCCGAUGUGAUAACGGAAAUGUACAGUGUGAUCGCAUAAAUGUGGAGUGUCCGUCAGAGGCAUUUGGUGUCCCAUUGCCAUGCCCAGCUGAUGCAGUCAUACCUGCCCAGGACGCAUGUCACUGUCCCAGGUGUCCAAGCACGGAAGGUGGAAAUCCAGGAGAUGGAAGUCCAGGAGAUGGAAAUCCAAGCGAUGGAAGUCCAGAAGUCGGAAGCCCAGGAGGUGAUAGCCCAGGAAGUGAAAGCCCAGGGGGUGGAAGCCCUGGUGGUGCUCGUUGUGAGCAUGGUAUAGGCGCAUUCAGAAAUGGAGAGACUUGGAUGGAUGGCUCUUCUGGUUGUAAACAAUGCAGAUGUGAUAACGGAAAUGUACAGUGUGAUCGCAUAAAUGUGGAGUGUCCGUCAGAGGCAUUUGGUGUCCCAUUGCCAUGCCCUGCUGAUGCAGUCAUACCUGCGCAGGACGCAUGUCACUGUCCCAGGUGUCCAAGCACGGAAGGUGGAAGUCCAGGAGAUGGAAGUCCAGGAGAUGGAAAUCCAAGCGAUGGAAGCCCAGAAGUCGGAAGGCCAGGAGGUGAAAGCCCAGGAGGUGAAAGCCCAGGAGGUGGAAGCCCUGGUACUGCUCGUUGUGAGCAUGGUAAAGGUGCUUUCAGAAAUGGAGAGACUUGGAUGGAUGGCUCUUCUGGUUGUAAACAAUGCCGAUGUGAUAACGGAAAUGUACAGUGUGAUCGCAUAAAUGUGGAGUGUCCGUCAGAGGCAUUUGGUGUCCCAUUGCCAUGCCCUGCUGAUGCAGUCAUACCUGCCCAGGACGCAUGUCACUGUCCCAGGUGCCCAAGCACGGAAGGUGGAAGUCCAGGAGAUGGAAAUCCAGGAGAUGGAAAUCCAACCGAUGGAAGUCCAGAAGUCGGAAGCCCAGGAGUUGAAAGCCCAGGAGGUGGAAGCCCUGGUGGUGCUCGUUGUGAGCAUGGUAUAGGCGCAUUCAGAAAUGGAGAGACUUGGAUGGAUGGCUCUUCUGGUUGUAAACAAUGCCGAUGUGAUAACGGAAAUGUACAGUGUGAUCGCAUAAAUGUGGAGUGUCCGUCAGAGGCAUUUGGUGUCCCAUUGCCAUGCCCUGCUGAUGCAGUCAUACCUGCCCAGGACGCAUGUCACUGUCCCAGGUGCCCAAGCACGGAAGGUGGUAGUCCAGGAGAUGGAAGUCCAGGAGAUGGAAAUCCAAGCGAUGGAAGUCCAGAAGUCGGAAACCCAGGAGGUGAAAGCCCAGGAGGUGGAAGCCCUGGUGGUGCUCGUUGUGAGCAUGGUAUAGGCGCAUUCAGAAAUGGAGAGACUUGGAUGGAUGGCUCCUCUGGUUGUAAACAAUGCCGAUGUGAUAACGGAAAUGUACAGUGUGAUCGCAUAAAUGUGGAGUGUCCGUCAGAGGCAUUUGGUGUCCCAUUGCCAUGCCCAGCUGAUGCAGUCAUACCUGCCCAGGACGCAUGUCACUGUCCCAGGUGCCCAAGCACGGAAGGAGGAAGUCCAGGAGAUGGAAGUCCAGGAGAUGGAAAUCCAAGCGAUGGAAGUCCAGAAGUCGGAAGCCCAGGAGGUGAAAGCCCAGGAGGUGAAAGUCCAGGAGGUGGAAGCCCUGGUGGUGCUAGUUGUGAGCAUGGUAUAGGCGCAUUCAGAAAUGGAGAGACUUGGAUGGAUGGCUCUUCUGGUUGUAAACAAUGCCGAUGUGAUAACGGAAAUGUACAGUGUGAUCGCAUAAAUGUGGAGUGUCCGUCAGAGGCAUUUGGUGUCCCAUUGCCAUGCCCUGCUGAUGCAGUAAUACCUGCCCAGGACGCAUGUCACUGUCCCAGGUGCCCAAGCACGGAAGGUGGAAGUCCAGGAGAUGGAAGUCCAGGAGAUGGAAAUCCAAGCGAUGGAAGUCCAGAAGUCGGAAGCCCAGGAGGUGAAAGCCCAGGAGGUGGAAGCCCUGGUGGUUCUCGUUGUGAGCAUGGUAUAGGCGCAUUCAGAAAUGGAGAGACUUGGAUGGAUGGCUCUUCUGGUUGUAAACAAUGCCGAUGUGAUAACGGAAAUGUACAGUGUGAUCGCAUAAAUGUGGAGUGUCCGUCAGAGGCAUUUGGUGUCCCAUUGCCAUGCCCAGCUGAUGCAGUCAUACCUGCCCAGGACGCAUGUCACUGUCCCAGGUGCCCAAGCACGGAAGGUGGAAGUCCAGGAGAUGGAAAUCCAAGCGAUGGAAGUCCAGAAGUCGGAAGCCCGGGAGGUGAAAGCCCAGGAGGUGGAAGCCCUGGUGGUGCACGGUGUCUGCAUGAAGCUCAACAGUAUGCACAUGGUCAGAGCUGGAGGGACACUUCCUUCGGUUGCCAUGACUGUCGCUGUGACAAUGGAAACGUGCAGUGCUUUCAGAUCAUUGUGGAUUGUCCCUCGGUGUUUGGUAUAACACUGCCGUGUCCUGCUAAUAUUGUAAUACCCGCCAAGGACGCGUGUGGUUGUCCAAGCUGCCCAGAAGUGCCAAUCGGAUGCAUCGACUCGUUCGGUCGCUUCCACGACAGCGGAGCAGCGUGGACGGAGCAGCAGACGACAGGCUGCCAGUCGUGUCGGUGUGACAAUGGUACACGGGAUUGUCAGCAUUCCAGAGCCGCCUGUCCUGAGACACAACUCCCUAUCGGACCAGGACAGUCCUGCACAACGCUGAGUGGCCGCACUUUCGAUCACGGCUCGUGGGCGUUGGAGGAGAGACAUAACACAUGUGUGAGGUGCCAAUGUGAAGACGGGGAGAAGCUGUGCCAGGGUUACGCAUCCGACUGCAUCACGCAGUUUUGUCGGCCGGGAUACCGGCUGGGGGUUUUCCCCGACGAUCCAUGCAAUUGCCUGGGCUGUGAAAUCAUCCCACCGCCUCGGCAAACCUGCUCAGGGCCCAGAUCCGAGACAUUCAUGCGAAACGGAGAUGGCCAUUGCGAAAAGUGUGAGUGCGAGGCUGGAUUCGUAUCGUGCCGCAGGCACAUCCCAAAAUGUGCUGAAAAAUGCUACGACGGUUACCAUAACGUCAUUGAUCGUGCUAACCCAUGCGGUUGUCAAGUGUGUGAGCAAAUACGACCAGAGCUCACGCAAUCAUGCAUGGAUUCCUCCCGUGUGCGUCAUUCGCACGGCGACUGGUACAACGACAACACGGCUGGCCAGUGUAGUGUCUGUCGCUGCGACAAUGGGUCCCCGCGCUGUCAGGACAACACUCCGAUGUGUAGUUUUAGCUGCGAUGCAGGAUACCAGUCAGUGGUCGAUGAAACCAAUCCAUGCCGGUGCUCGUGCAAGGCCCUCGCAGGGUGUACGCACAGUGGCAAGAAAUAUGCUCAUGAUGCAACGUGGAUGGAUGGAUCAUCCGGCUGUCGGGAUUGCCACUGUGUGAACGGAGAGGUGCGCUGCCAGGCAAUAGCAGUGGACUGCAUCCAGGAAUUCGGCGGCGCGCUGCCGUGCCCUUCCGAUGUGGUUAUACGGGCCAGGGACGGGUGCGAAUGUGACCGUUGCCCAGCGAACCGGGAGACGUGCCCCAGCCAGGGUCUCAGGUUCUGGUUCAAGCGCAGUGUGAUCUGCGAGCUGUGCUUCUGCGCGGCUGGCCGAUCCAAGUGCUUGGAGAGCCAUCGCAAGUGCUCGCCGUGUGGUCCUGGUCAAGUGGAGUAUCCGCAUCAUGAUGUGUGCUCAUGCCCGACUUGCUUACCCGCAUCAGAUGCUGCACCGUAGUACUCCUUUGCCGUCCGUCUCAAACACAUGCAAGACCGUGUUGAGAUGCCAUGGCAGGCCAUCGAACACACAGACAACACCCAAUAUUAUCAUCGUGCAGGACACUCUGCAACAAACCAAUGUUCCUAAUCUCCGAUUAUGCCUCGACUUCUUGCUUUUAGAACCCUACUGAAUGGGUUGAAAGCGAGUUGUGGCCGAGAUUAUUCUUCUCUUGUAGCCUUGUUUUUUUGUGGCUACGAUGUAGUUACUGCGUUUCGCUUCGAACUCACAAUUUUUAAUAAUUUUUCCAGAAACAUUCUGCCCGCUUUUCUGUAUAUCAUCCGUACUUCAAGGUAUAUGAAUUGUUCUGUCGCUUUCAAUGGAUCGCUCCAAUGACUCUAAAUGCGCUGUUCCUGCAUGCAAAUGCUGUCUGUUGAGUAAUUUCAAUUUUAAUUGAAAUCACUUAAUUGAAAUUACUCAACAAGGUAGCACUUUCACCUUGCUGUCUUCCGGUCAAAUCCGUGCAGUAAAAAUCAAUCUUCAGAUUUCACUAGCUGCUUAUGUUCCUGUGCAGAUCUGGAUGGGAAUGAGCAGUAGGAGCGCUUUGCCGGAUGAUUUCCAUUAUUCCUGCGCUCUCCCCUACUCGUCUUCUGUCUUACCUUCAGAGCCGUACCGUAAAAUCUAUUGUCGAAUUCACUAGCAGUUUUGAAGAAGAUCUCUUUUGCCUCUAUACAAUUGUUUUGCCAGGCUGCUGCUGGUUCAUUGUUGAAAUAAACCAUCUCCCGAAUAUG